CUUGGUGCUUAGGCCUGCCAGCCGGGCAAACCAUCAACCCUACGUUUGUUUAGCUUAGCAUGUGGGUGGCAUGGCAUGGCAUGGAUUCCGGCGGGCCGCCAAUGACCUUGCUCAUCGUGUCGAUUGGGAUUGGAUCGAGGAAUCGAAACAAAAUGGAUUGGAUUGAAUGCUUGGGCAAAUUCUUUCUAUGUAUCGUUAGGUAGUAGAAUAGAAUUUGCUCAAGCAUUCACCACCUAGCAAGCAAGGAAGGAUGGGCAUCUUGUGUUGCUUCCAGUCCGGCGCCGACAAGCUCCUGGAUCAUGGUCAUGGUGGUGGUCCGGCGGCCGUACCUGCUUCCACAACCAAGAAGCCGCCUCCCCGAGACGCUCCAGCCGUCACCGUCCGCCCCCCUAAUCUGCUGCGACGAGAUGAUGAUCAUCAAGAGGAGGAGGGCGCCCGCAGCAGCAGCAACAACAACAACCUUGCCACCCUCGUCGAUGAGAUUGUUGCAGAAUCAGCGACGUACGAGCACAACCGGCGGGUGGCUGACGAGAUCCUGGGGAUGAACAAGGAGGAGGCGGCGGUGACGGCGCGCGCAUUCACAUUCGCCGAGCUCUCGGAGGCCAGCGGCAGGUUCCGGGUGGAGUCGAUGCUGGGCGAGGGCGGGUUCGGGCCCGUGUACCGCGGGCGGCUGAGGGACGGCACGGAGGUGGCGGUGAAGCAGCUGGACCGCAACGGGCUGCAGGGCACGCGCGAGUUCCUGGUGGAGGUGCUCAUGCUCAGCCUCCUCAAGCACCCCCACCUCGUCACUCUCAUCGGCUACUGCGCCGACGCCAACCACCGCAUGCUCGUCUACGAGUUCAUGCCCCAGGGUUCCCUCGAGGACCACCUCCUGGACCUGCUGCCGUCGUCCCGGGGGCUCGACUGGGCCAUGCGCAUGCGCAUCGCGCAGGGCGCCGCCCGGGGCCUCGAGUACCUCCACGACGCCUCCCGCCGCCCCGGCCCGCCCGUCAUCUACCGCGACUUCAAGGCCUCCAACAUCCUCCUCGACGGCUGCUUCCGCGCGCACCUCUCCGACUUUGGCCUCGCCAAGGUCGGCCCCGUCGGCGACAAGACCCAUGUCUCCACCAGGGUCAUGGGCACCUACGGCUACUGCGCCCCCGAGUACACGCUCACGGGCAAGCUCACCACCAUGUCCGACGUCUAUAGCUUCGGCGUCGUCUUCCUCGAGAUCAUCACGGGGCGGCGCGUCAUCGACAAGUCCAGGCCCCGUGAUGAGCACAACCUUGUGCAGUGGGCGGCACCGCGCUUCAAGAGCAAGAAGCGCUUCAGGGAGAUGGCCGACCCGCUCCUCCGCGGCGCAUACCCAACCAAGGGGCUCUACCAGGCGCUCGCCAUCUCCGCCAUGUGCCUCCAGGAGGAUGCCACCAUGCGCCCCUCCAUCGCCGACGUUGUCACGGCGCUCGACUACCUCACCGGCGUCGCCAAGCCUUCCCCUAGCCCUACCCCUCAACAACAGUCGCCUUCCCCUAGCCCUAGCCCUACCCAUCCUCAACAUCAGUCGCCACCCAAGGAGGACGAUGAUGCCACUGACUAGCUAUAACAACAAACAUGCAUAUCUCUCUGUGGAACAUGUAUAUAUGCAACCAAGUCUUCUUGUUAUCUCAUGGAUUAUUUCUCUGCAAGUAACCUAACCUGGUUUGUGCAUGCCCGUCCGUCCAUAUUAGGAUAAUAAGAUUUAUUUAUUUCCUGC